AUGAGAUUCAAAAUAUCUGCACAACAUCGUAAUGGUCACAAGCGCUUGGUAACUUGCGUAGCAUGGAGUUCGGCGGAAGAAAUUUACUCUUGUGGCGAAGAUCAUUUAUUAAUAUCGUGGCACUUGGAGGGCGGAAUUGCGCAUUCAAGUAUUGUUACAGAAUUUCCUGAUGAUUUUUAUCCAACGGAUAUGCAAUGGCAUCCGCGGCCGCACUAUGCAGUACUAAUUACCAAAAAACAAUCAUUAGAUGUUCUUUUAAUUACUACAGCUGAUGGAAAAUAUCAUUUAGUUAAUAAAAAUGGACGAAUAGAAAAAAGUAUAGAUGCUCAUAAGGGAGCAACAACAGUAGGAAGGUGGAAUAAUGAUGGCACUGCACUUUUGACUGCUGGUGAAGAUGGUUUAAUGAAAAUUUGGUCACGUAGUGGCAUGCUUCGCUCUGUUAUAGUUAAAGGAAUGUUUCCUAUAUUAUCUGCUGCUUGGAGCCCAGAUUGUACAACAGUAUUAUAUUCUCAGGGAGCACACUUAACAUUUCAGUCAUUGAAUUCUAAUUCCAAACCACGAAAGUUAUUAGCUCAUGAUGGUCUCAUUUUGGUUUUAUCUUGGUGUCACACUCAUGGAUUAAUCAUUUCUGGUGGGGAAGAUUGUAGAUACAAGGUGUGGGAUUCUAGUGGCACUCAGUUGUUUUCUAGUAGUGUGGGAGAUCACCCUGUUACAGCAGUAAAUUGGAGUUAUUCUGGAGACUACUUUGCUGUUGGAUCAUUUAAUACAAUCAAACUUUGUGAUAAGACAGGAUGGUCUCAUUCAUUAGAGAAAAUUAAUGCUGGAAGUAUAUACAGUAUUGCUUGGUCAAGUGACAGCACUCAAGUAUCUAUGGCUUGUAGUAAUGGAACUGUGUUAACAGGUCAUAUAAUAGACAGGAGAUUGGAAUGGAAUAAUUAUGAAGCCAUAUUGGUCACAAGAAAAGUGAUAGAAGUUAGAGAUGUGGGUAAUGAAAUAAGAGAAACACUGGAGAUAUCAGAUCGCGUGGUUCAAUUGGAAUUUGGUUUCGAUCAUUUAGUUGUAAUUACACCGGCGCAAUGUCACAUUUAUUCCGUAGUAAAUUGGAAUACCCCUGCCAUAUUCGAUUUGAAAAAUACUAGUGUGUCAGCAGUACUUCUUGCAGAAAAGCACUUUUUAUUAGUGGAAUGGAAUAGCGUAUCACUGUAUAGUUAUCAAGGUCGUUUAUUAGGAACUCCAAAAUGGAAAGGAAUGACACAGGAACGACUUUAUCCUCCUUGUGUAUCGUUGUGUUCUGACACUUUAGUUAUACGAUCCCAAAGUAACGAAAAACAACUUUAUGUAUUAGAAGUGGCUUACAAUAAACCUAUAACAGAAAACCAGGCUUAUACACAUCUUCAAAAUAUUUCAAGAGUUGCACUUAAUUACAUUGGCGGAGUAAACGAUCGACAAGUAGCAUUAAUUGAUACAAAUAAAGAUUUGUUUCUGGUUUCUAUAAGGACCACUGGUUUUGGCAGAGUAUGUAAAAUAGCUGCUAUGGCUCAAGAUAUUAAGUGGGCUACCGAUGCAAAUGUUUUAGCAGCGAUGUUGGAUGCAACACUAUCUGUGUGGCUGUGUCCCAAUUGUGUGCAUUAUAGUGAUCGUAAAAUUAUACGAAAAACCAGGAUCGACAAGGAAAGCAGCGAAUUUGGUAAACAGCCAAGUAUAGCAAAUGUUUAUAACGGAAUGGUAAUGAUACGACGUGGUGAUGGUGCUCUAGUAGCUUCUUCCUUUUAUACGUUUUUUAUUAGUCUUCAUCAACAUAUAUUAAACAAAAGGUGGAAAGAAGCCGUGUCACUUUGUCGAAUUGCUCAGAAUGAAAUAUUAUGGACUUGUAUGGCUGUUAUGGCAACUGACAAUAAGGAAUUGAACGCUGCUGAAGAAGCAUACGCGGCAAUCUCACGAUAUGAUAAAGUUGAUUAUAUUCAAUACAUAAAGAGUUUACCAAAUAAGACAGAAAGAUUAGCCGAAAUGGCACUUCUGUCGGGAGAUUUAUUAACUGCAGAAGGAAUACUUUUGCAAAAUGGAUUAGUCGAAGAGGCCAUACGAAUCAACAUUGAAGUGUACAAUUGGAAUAGAGCGUUAGAAUUGGCAAUUAGACAUAAAAAGCAACUUGACGAAGUAUUAAACGCACGGAGGAAAUAUCUUAAUGUAAUAAACAAAAAAGAAACAAAUCAAAGUUUUCUUGCUUAUAUGACGAACGUGGCGAAAAGUCAAGAUGCCGAGGAAAAGAUUUCCUUUAAGCGAGACGAAGUUGAACAACCGAAAGCGGAAAGGCAAAUGAAUGAAACAUUAGAGCAAGAAAUGCAUAUCUGA